AUGCUCUGUGGAUUAGCUCAGAAUGCUGCCAUGCUUUAUGUAUUCCGUGGUUUUGCUGGGGUCGCCAAUGGUGGCAUAACUUCGCUGUCAAUGAUCAUUGUGUCUGAUGUUAUUACUCUGAAAGAGCGAGGCAAGUACCAGGGCAUUCUGGGUUCUUGCGUGGGAGCAGGAAAUAUGGCUGGUCCCUUCAUCGCCGCUGCUUUCGUACAGCAAUCUUCCUGGAGAGGUAUUUUUUGGCUUAUCAGCCCACUCGCUGCCUUGUGCGGUGUACUAUGCUUCUUCAUUCUACCUACGCCAAAGGAUUCUCCCCCAGUACAUUUCACAGCCGUUACCAAACAGAUCGAUUACCUGGGAAUCAUUACCGGAUCUGCUGCCAUCAUACUCUUAUUGAUUCCGGUUUCCGGGGGCGGGACAUAUUUUAAAUGGGAGUCACCUAUGGUCAUUUUAAUGCUGUCUAUAGGGGGUUGCUGCAUGUUGGCGUUUCUUGCCAUAGAGUACCGCGUCGCUGUUUUACCCAUGAUGCCAUGUGAGUCGAACAAAAGUUCCACACACGCCCCUUAUCAAGCGCUAAAACAAGUAGUCUCCCUCUUCAGAUCCAUACCGGUCUGCAUCAUGCUGAUUCAGAACAUCCUACUCGGCGUCGUAUACUACUCGCAACUGUACUAUCUGCCUCUUUUCUUUCAGAAUGCACGGCGCUGUUCUCCCACGACAUCAGCGGCUCUCGUACUGCCAAUCACUUGCGCACAGAUGAUUUCCUCCGUCCUUGCAGGCCAGUAUACCUCCCGAAAAGAACGUUAUGGAGAGAUUAUCUGGUUGGGUUUUAUACUUUGGACUCUUGGCGUCGGUCUGACUUGCAUCUUUGACCUCGACACUCCGACCUAUGCUAUGGUCCUGGUUCUACUGGUCCAAGGUUUCGGGAUCGGGCUCCUUCUCCAGCCUAUCCUGGUUGCUCUACAAGCGCAUUGUACCAAAUCUCAAAGGGCUGUGGUCAUCUCAAACCGGAACUUCUUACGCAGCCUUGGUGGUGCUAUUGGCCUUGCUGUCUCGGCUGCUGUCCUACAGAAUACGCUCAAAAAGGAGAUGCCUCCGGAAUUCGCAUCUCUUGCUCUGUCUCCAUACAGUACUCCUGAUCUGGAUGCACUUGAUGUCUCACCUGCCCAGGUACUUGACAUCCUGGAAGCAUAUGCUCGAGCCAGCAGAGCAGUCUGCAUCUUGCAUGUUCCCUUUAUAGGUCUGUGUCUUCUUGGUUGCUUGCUCAUCAAAGAUCACGGCCUACAACACCCCGACGAAGCAGACCAGGCAAAGAGAUCUAAAGCUGCACAACCGAGCAGCGCUGGCCUCGAACAACACGGCGGAACAAGCAUGAGCAACUUCAAUGAGAGUGUAAUAUCAGGCAAUCAUGUUCCUGACUGGGCUGAGAACGCUUCCAAAUGUAAAGCGUAA